AUGAAAAUGUCGUCGAUCGUGCAAAAAAAUACAGAAGAGUUAACAGACACUGUGUUAUCACAAUAUAUAUCAAGAUUACAUGAUCCAGCACGUGUACGUUUAUCACCAUUAGAUCAUGCUGUUCCAGAAAUUUUUUAUCUGUUAUAUGUAAUUCAUGCUGUACAUCGUCAACAUGUUAAUCCGGCAGUAUCAACAUCUAGAUAA